AUGAUGCUGGGUGUGCUGUCUGCUGCAUCCAAAUCUUGGCAAAAUAGAGUUGAUGCCAUGCUGGACUACCAAUAUCAUCCCAACAAUUUUGCCCUCGUACACUGUGUGGUCCCUGUCGCUACCCAGAUGGAAGCGUCUCUCUUAUCAUCCUCUCCGUCCAUGACUAUUGCCGCUCCCCAUACUCCUUCACGCACCGCUGAUUCGUCCGAGUAUGCUCUGAUUUCUCCGCCCACUGUCAGUUCUUCGUGGCGCUGGACGAGAGCGGCGGAGCGGAGACACCGAGACCUUCUCUGCAUACUUGGCAAUAAGCUUCAAAACAAAGGUUUUCCCCAAAUCACAGAACUCCCAUCCAACCUUCGGGUUCUCGUUACCUCUCGUCCACUUCAUGAUAUCGAAGGUGCAUUUCACGGUGCUCAGCAUAUUCUACGGUUAUCCAUGGAUGAAAUUCCAGCGGCAGUGGCGGAACAUGACAUCAGCAUUUUUGUAUCUGACAAGCUACAAGGGCUGCCGCGUUUUGGGCGCCAAGAGUUUGCAAAACUCGCUGCGAAAGCUGAUGGAUUUUUCGAGUGGGCACGUCUUGCAUGCGAAUACAUCAAGGAAGAUCUUCCCGGCGUAAACCCAAUGUUUCGCUUUGAAACUCUCGUGAACCGCGAUCUUGGGAAAUGGACGAACAAGUUGUAUGAUAUGUAUCGGCGUAUUUUGGCAGAAAUCUGGCCACGACAUUGGUAUGGCGAUGUCGAGUAUCAGGAAGCACUGGUGGGGUUUCGUGCCGAGAUGGGACAAAUACUCAGCCCGGCCGAACCGCUCCCAUUCGAUUCCUUCAACGCCAUGCGGAACUAUUUUCCAAACCAAACAAACAUUACAAGCUGGACAUUAUACAACAAAUGGGAUCCCGCCUCAGCGGAGCUCCUUACAGGCAAAUCAUUCAGCGGAGACUUUUUCAUUGAGGCGACGAAGGCGCAACACCACGACUUGGCGUUGGCGUCAUUUCAAGUAAUGGAACAUGGCCUUCGUUUCAAUUUAGAGUCAUCAUACCUCCCUAAUCGCGAUGACAGCUGGUCGAGUUGCCGAGAUACAUGA